GAAGUCGCAAUGCAUUGUGGGCUCGCCGGGAACCUCGGAGUCGAACCUGAAUGAAAGUGGCGCGCCGCUGAAGAGCCGGGUGGGGCAGCUGGCGCUGGGGUUCGGGCCGCUUGCUCCAGAGCGGUCGGCUAGGUGGCGGUGUGCGGCGCCGACAUGGCUUACAACAAGAUCCCGCCGCGGUGGCUGAACUGUCCGCGGCGCGGCCAGCCGGUGGCAGGAAGAUUCUUACCUCUGAAGACGAUGUUGGGGCCGAGAUACGAUAGUCAGGUUGCUGAAGAAAACCGGUUCCAUCCCAGCAUGCUCUCAAAUUAUCUAAAGAGUCUGAAGGUUAAAAUGAGCUUGUUGGUGGAUCUGACAAAUACUUCAAGAUUCUAUGACAGAAAUGACAUAGAAAAAGAAGGAAUCAAGUAUAUCAAACUUCAGUGUAAAGGACAUGGUGAAUGCCCCACGACUGAGAAUACCGAGACAUUCAUUCGCCUGUGUGAAAGGUUUAAUGAAAGAAGCCCACCUGAACUUAUAGGUGUACACUGCACCCAUGGGUUCAACCGUACUGGUUUCCUCAUAUGUGCCUUUUUGGUGGAGAAAAUGGAUUGGAGUAUUGAAGCAGCAGUUGCUACGUUUGCCCAAGCCAGACCACCAGGAAUCUAUAAGGGUGAUUAUUUGAAGGAACUUUUUCGUCGCUAUGGUGAUAUAGAAGAGGCACCACCACCACCUGUAUUGCCAGAUUGGUGUUUUGAGGAUGAUGAUGAAGAUGAUGAGGAUGAAGAUGGAAAAAAGGACUCAGAACCGGGCUCAAGUGCUUCCUUUGGUAAAAGGAGAAAAGAACGGUUAAAAUUGGGUGCUAUUUUCUUGGAAGGUAUAACUGUUAAAGGUGUAACUCAAGUAACAACUCAACCAAAGUUAGGAGAGGUACAGCAGAAAUGUCAUCAGUUCUGUGGCUGGGAAGGGUCUGGGUUCCCUGGAGCACAACCUGUUUCCAUGGACAAGCAAAAUAUUAGACUUUUAGAGCAGAAGCCAUAUAAAGUAAGCUGGAAAGCAGAUGGUACUCGUUACAUGAUGUUGAUUGAUGGCACAAAUGAAGUUUUUAUGAUUGAUAGAGAUAAUUCAGUAUUUCAUGUUUCAAAUCUGGAAUUUCCAUUUCGUAAAGAUCUCCGGAUGCAUUUAUCAAAUACCCUUUUGGAUGGAGAAAUGAUCAUUGACAAAGUAAACGGACAGGCUGUUCCAAGAUAUUUGAUAUAUGACAUAAUUAAAUUCAAUGCACAACCAGUUGGAGAUUGUGAUUUUAAUAUUCGUCUCCAGUGUAUUGAACGUGAAAUCAUAAGUCCACGGCAUGAAAAAAUGAAGACUGGACUCAUUGACAAAACACAGGAACCAUUUAGUGUCAGACCUAAACAAUUUUUUGACAUCAAUAUUUCAAGAAAGCUUCUGGAAGGAAAUUUUGCCAAAGAAGUCAGCCAUGAAAUGGAUGGACUUAUUUUUCAGCCUAUUGGAAAAUAUAAACCUGGUCGAUGUGAUGAUAUUUUGAAAUGGAAACCUCCCAGUCUGAACUCUGUGGAUUUUCGACUUAAGAUAACAAGAAUGGGAGGAGAAGGGUUGCUUCCUCAGAAUGUUGGCCUUCUCUAUGUUGGAGGUUAUGAAAGACCCUUUGCACAAAUCAAGGUGACAAAAGAACUAAAACAGUACGACAACAAAAUUAUAGAAUGCAAAUUUGAGAACAACAGCUGGGUCUUUAUGAGGCAGAGAAUAGACAAAAGUUUCCCAAAUGCCUACAACACAGCCAUGGCUGUGUGCAACAGCAUCUCAAACCCUGUCACCAAGGAGAUGCUGUUUGAGUUCAUUGACAGAUGUGCAGCAGCUGCCCAAGGACAGAAGCGAAAGUAUCCCCUGGACCCUGACACAGAGCUCAUGCCACCCCCACCACCCAAGAGACUGCACCGGCCAACCUAGUCCCUGCCUCCGACCUCAAUGCUCCAGAGAAAAGAAGAGUGGGAAGAAUGCUGCUGCCUCGUUUUCACAGCCAGAAAAUUAAAGAGACAAAUAAGGCUUGGUACUGCCAUGUGUCUUAAGGGGAGACAUGUAGCCAACCUGUAUAUAUUUGGUUUCUCAGAACUACAGUACAUCAUGGACCUAAAUAUUUUAUUUAUACCUGAUAAAUUCAGCCUUACCUUGUGGAGUCUGAAGAUUGAAAUAUCCAAAGGUUUAAAUCAGAUUCAAGUCAAUGAAAUAGAGGCCUUGUUUGUAUGUGAAUCCUUUACAUUUGAUUCAUAGCAAUCUGAAACUGUGAGCACAUUGAGUUUUUUAGAAGUUGGAUUUUUAGUUUCCUCUUUAAAAAUGUAGGCAGUGGUGUUAGAAAUUCUCAUUGUCUCUUAUCAUGGAUUUCCUAUAUUUCUGAAUUUGCUAUAUUCUGAACAAUGACAAGGUCAAGUAUUAUGCACAUUAAACAUUUUGGUCUGGCUAUAUACCAUCUUAAGGGUUUUUUGUUUUUGUUUUGUUUUGUUUUGUGAGGGUGGGAUGUAAAAGUAAAACAGUAACAGCUCCUUUUUUUUUUUUUCUUUUUCUUUAUGAAUCCUAUUCUUUCUUUAGAAACUACUUUGAGUGUUUACCAUUUCUGUUGUUUGAACCACAGUGUCAGAUGUCUGGUGUUCCCAUAUUGGCAGUGGUUUUCAGUUACUUUGUGGCACUUAGAUAUAGAGCUCCAGGUCCUUUAUGUGCUGCUGUCCUGGGAACAUUGCUUCUUUCAGACACCAGGGCUCCUUCUGCUUUACCUCAGUGGGAUCAUCAUCACACACCACUCACUGUGAUCUCUGGGAGCGAUAUCAAACAUAAAUGGUGUUGUGUUAGUUCCCUCAAACAAAACAUCAGAAGCAAUAGCAGCUUAUUCCUUUAGUUAGAAGGUAAUGUAAACUGAACAAGGUGUUGUCUCUAGGAGAUGCUGUCCUCCCACCCACUGGACAAAUGCAAAUGCAUUGCAGAGACUGAUCGUGGAGGAGACGAAGAUGUUGCUUCCACGGUUUCAGUUGCAGCUGUGCUUGGGGGAUGAUAUUUUAGUGAUGCAACUGCAUUUCAGUGUUUGCUAUAGACAAUAGGUUUCAAAGGCAGCUAAUGGUCCCUGACAUUGUAUGAAACUGUUCUGAUUGGUGUGUGAGGGAACUCAGAAUUAGCUACUAGCAAACAGCUUAAUGUAUUUAUUUUUAGAGACACAGGUUUUAAGUGUAUGUAUUUAAAACAAAUUUUCAUGAUCUGAAUUUUUAUAUAUGUAUAAGCAUAUAUGUGAAAGUAUAUGCAACAGUGUAUAUUCUUGUACUGAUACAACCAGAAAUGAAAAUCCAGAUGUGUUACCUAGCAGACUGAGUAUGUGAUGGAAUUUUUAUUUGACAUAGCACAGAGGAACCAAAACUGUAUUUAUAUGAACCUGAGUUUUAACAUUUUUAAACAAACUUUUUCUUCUGCAGUGCUUUUCUAUAUAGAAUACUAGGGCUGUGCUUGGGUUUAUGCCCCUGUUGUUUCUAAGUUAUGUAAUGUGCAGCAAAUUUAUUCAAAACACUGUUUUAAUGUUUUUGCCCCCCCCCCCAGAUUGCUUUUGUAUAUUUGGGCACUUAAGGAAUUUAAACAUCUGACUGCUACAGUGAUUGUUGAGAGGAAAUUGUCUUUUACACAUUGGAUCUGAAACUGCCUGUGGAGUCCAGACAGUGUAGUAGUGUAGUGCCUGCUUCUGGAGGGUCAGUGACUCUUAUGUCAUGGAUGGUCUGCUCCUAAGCUGAGUUCUUUUUCAGAUACAAUAACAAGCUUUUACCAAUGAUCUCUUAAUAGAAUUAAAAUGCUUGUGGUAACUCUAACAUUUCAAGUGAAUCUUGUGAAAAGAACAUUGCAUAGGACUUACUUUUUCAGUUUGUCUUUUAAUUAUGGUAGCAUUAUAAUGAUUGGUCUUAAUAAGCAGAUCCCAUGUAGUUCCCAAACACACAGCCUCAAGUAUCAUAACAGUCACUUAGGUAGUUGGGUGAAACCUGGAGGCAGGACUUGGACAUCUUGAAGGAAAUUUGUCCCUUUUCAGCUCAUGUUACAAUAGCCAUUUUCUUUAGCCAACAUUUUCUAGACAAGAAUAAGAAGACUGUAUUCCUGAGUUACCGCAUGGAAAAGCUUGCUUUUUGUUUGGGGAAAAAAAAAAAAAAUAUGGAUGACUACUGCCUACAGAGUUCCUUUGCUUUCCAUGAAAUGCUCAGAAAUGCCAGAACAUUCCUUCUCUAAUUGUGUGUCAGUGUGUAUUGUAAUAAAACUACUAAUGUAAAAUAA